AUGUGGAUAAGGGAUGAAUCGUUACGGGACAAGUUUCCAUUGGUUUAUCGACUAGCUAAAGAAAAAAGAGUGAAAGUAAAAGAUUGUUAUCGAUUACAAAACGGUGGAAGACUAUGGGACUGGGCUUGGUCGCGGGCUCCUAGCACCGACCCGGAGAAGCAACAGAUGACGGGACUAAAAGAUUUGUUGAUGGAACAACACCUAACAGAACAAGGCGACAAGUGGCUCUGGAAAGAUGAAGACAGACCAGGCUUUUCGAGAUGCAAUAUGUUUGUAUGGAAGGCAGUGGAAGGAAAGAUACCAACAACUACCCAUUUAAGGUCGAGAGGUGUGGCGAUCCCAUCAGUGGUAUGCAAAGUUUUUGGAUUCUCAGACGAGACGCCAAAACACGUUCUUAGAACAUGUUGCCUUGCUGACCUGGUGUGGACUCAAAUGUGCAGUUGGGUAAAAAUUCCUUCAAAUGUAAAGGCAGAUACUCUUAAAGGUUUAUUGUGUAUGGUAAAUGAUCUUCCAUGGUCAAAAGAAAAGAAAAAGGCAAUGCAUGCGGUUUUCCUAUUAACGGCCUGGAGCAUAUGGCAAAACCGGAACACAAAAGUAUUUAAGGGAAUAAGUGGUUCGGCUCACAAAUUAGUUGAAGAUAUAAAAGAUUGCUCUUACAAGUGGAUGAAACAAUGA